AUGGCUGCUGCUUCUCUUUCUUCAAUACCUCCUGAUCAGACUGUGAUCAAGCUUCCGCAUCCCUACCAUACCGAAUACUCCAUCCAAAAAGUCUCGUCACAGCAGAAUGGGGACGACGGUGCAGAACAAUAUCAAUUGAAAAUCAAGCCCAAUGUCUCUUCAGGAAAGAAACCCCCCGUCGAGCUUCAUACAUCCAAGGCCGUCUUCACUGAGCCAAUUGAUCUCAAAUCAAGUGAGCUGCCACCGCAUUCGAACAAUAGCGCCUGGGCACGCGCCAGACGAUCGCCAGGCGCAACCAUAUCAUGGGAUGGUCUUACGGAGCGUCCCACGUUGGCGCAAGCGUGGAUGAUCCUUUACGUACUAUUCACAACGCGGCCUUCUACUGAAUCACUCAGACUAGAGCUAAGGGGAGCAAAUGCCAUUGUCCUGGGACAGCAGCUGAAGGAUGUUGCGCUUGCCACGGAUCAUCCACUGCGCCCUCGAGAGAAGCCAGGCCCGUCUACAACUACAGAUACAGAUGUCGUCUUGGCUUUGCGAGCCACUUUCUGGCAAGGCGCCGGGUCUCCUUUUGGACCUCGACCUGUUUGGUGCCCUGAGGAGUCUCCUUCAUCUCUGCCAGCGUCGAGCCCUCUAAACUCGUAUCCCAUCACUCCUCUCCAACAUACAAUGACCAUCACCUCGGCCGGCGAUCCCCAAGAUCCUGAUCGCAGCCAGCAGACGUGGCAUCCCAUUCGGCCCGCCAAGCCAGCUCCAGGCGCUGUGAUCUACAGUCGAUGGAUCCCGCAUCUACAAGAAACAUUUUCGAUGGUAUCACUUGACUGGCAAGAUGCUGAGCAUUUGAGACUAUUCCACGAGUGGCAAAACGAUCCUCGAGUAUCUCAAGGCUGGAACGAGACGGGCACUUUGGAGCAACACCGAGAGUAUCUACGGAAAAUGCACGUUGACCCGCAUCAAGUUGCCGUUUUAGCCAAGUGGGAUGACGAAUACUUUGCAUAUUUUGAGAUUUACUGGGCCAAGGAGGAUCGACUCGGCAGCUAUUACGAUGCCGGCGACUUCGACCGUGGCCGCCAUUCCCUCGUCGGCGAUGUUCGUUUCCGAGGUCCGCACCGCGUGUCGGCCUGGUGGAGUAGCCUGAUGCAUUAUCUCUACCUUGACGAUCCCCGAACAAUGUAUGUCGUGGGCGAGCCCAAAGACAGCAACUCCACAGUCGUCAUGUACGACCUCAUCCAUGGUUUUGGCCUGGAUAAGUUUGUCGAUCUGCCGCACAAGCGUAGCGCAUUUGUGCGCUGCCACAGAGAGCGCUUCUUCCAGCUGUGCCCUCUGGGUGAUAACGAAAAGGCGGUUGGCGGAAUGAGGAUUGGGCUAGUGCCAAAGUUGUAA